UCUCACACUCGAUGCAUAGCAGAGUUUUCAAGGAGCAUGGCGUACAAAAGAACAAUUAAGACGUGGCCCAGGCCUUCUUUAGUCUUCGCAUUGGCAACGACGGUACUAUGUUGUCUGGUGUCCUGUACUCAAUCACACAGUUUGAGGAAAGCCUACCACAGAAGAAGUGUGGACCCUGAGGCAAAUUAUCAAGAGGGGAAGAUUCUGUUUGGCAACUUCUUUGACCAAAAUGGAGCCCAGCCUGAUGUCGUUAAGUCUCCCUUCACUGAAGAUGCAUGGGAUUUCCAAGAAGGAUCACCAGGCCUUCCUCUAGAUCCCAGGGCCAUGAGGCAGUGGAGCAGCAUGGAGCCUUCCUGCCAGUGUGCCCCGAACCAGAUGUGGCUCCUAGCGAAGGAACCCGGGGCGUCACAGCUGGCGUUGGCCCAAGGCGACAAAAGCAGCGGGGCACUUCCUCUCGCCAGCGUCCCCGAGUCCUGUGGUUACACGGUUAACCAAGACUCUGCUGGGCUUGAGCUGACCGUGCCGUACGACGGCUGUAAAAUCACGGAGAAGGAUGGACGAUACCUACUGCCAAUGCUUUGGCAAGGAAUUCCCAUCAUGCUCUCUUGCCCCAAAGCUCAGACAUCCAGUCCUAAGGGGCAACAACAAGUAGUCCAUCCACUACAGAUGCCAACUGUGACGCAUCCGCCAGUUAAGGCAAAAGAGCCGCCACAAACGACUGCCACUCCGCCAGCUGAUCCAUCCUUUCCAUUAUACCAGCACCCCUGGCACCCUGCAAUGAUGCCUAAUUACCAAGGUUAUCCACACUGGCACCACAUGGUCAAUCCUCCCCAGGUACCGACUGCCCUCCCCACGACUUCUGUCCCCCCCACGACUUCUGCCCCUACGACUGCAGUACAUCCGCCAUUAAUACCAUCCAUUCCAUUAUACCAAAACCUGUGGAAUCCUGCCAUGAUGGCUCCUUACCAAGGUAAUCCCUAUGGGCACGGAAAACUCAAUCCUCCCCCGGUAACGACUGCACCCCCUUCAACUGUAGCCCCUACGACUGCUGCACAUCUGCCAAUAAAAGGCAAAGAUCUGCCACAAAUGAUUCCUCCAGCUGCGAAACCAUCUGACUUGUACCAGUGGAAUCCUCUAUUGAUGCCUCCUUACCACGGUUUUCCAUACUGGCCCCACAUGGUCAAUCAUCCCCAAAUAACGACAGCAGCACCUACGACUACAGUACAACCACCAGAAACGACUACAGUACAACCACCAGAAACAACUCCACCAGCUGCUGACACUAAACAAUCAGACAUGUACCAGUGGAAUCCUCUAUUGAUGCCUCAUUACCACGGUUUUCCAUACUGGCCCCACAUGGUCAAUCAUCCCCAAAUAACGUCAGCAGCACCUACGACUACAGUACAACCACCAGAAACUACUACAGUACAACCACCAGAAACAACUACAGUACAACCACCAGAAACAACUCCACCAGCUGCUGACACUAAACAAUCAGACAUGUACCAGUGGAAUCCUCUAUCGAUGCCUCAUUACCAUGGUAAUCCUUACUGGCAGCACCCGUGGAAUCCUCUUUUGAUGCCUAAAUCCAGCAGUGAUCUAACUGUGCCGCAGCAUCAACGAUACUCUGCCCCAAGUCCCCACUACCAACUCCAAGGCCCCCGUGGCCCGCAAACCACGAUGACUGAUCCGGCAACGGCGGCGCAUCAGCCAGCUGGUGCCAGUGCACCAUCUUAUCCAUCCCUGACCCCAUUCGACCCAUUACUCCAGUCGAAUCCUCAAUCUGAAAGUUUUCCAAAUGGGAAGCAACAGUGGCAUCCUAGUCUAAAGCCUCAAUCCUCAAACAGUGAUCAAAAUGUGCAGCAACAAUUUAAUUGGACAUUGAUUCCUCCAUGGAUGCUGCCCUCAAACAGUUAUCCAAUUAGUUCUCAACAUGGGAUCCCUGCAUCGAUGGCUCACCCGAGUGCUCCAGUUGGUCAGAAACAGGGAAACCCUCAAUCGAUGCCUCACCCGAGGAGUGCUUCAAAUGGGCAGCGACGGGGAAACCCUCCAUCGCUGCUUCCCCGCAACAGUGGUCUAAAGCAGCGACUGUGUAACGUUCCCUUUAUACCUCGCUCUGACCAUCUUCCAAACUGUUGGAACUGGUAAUUCCCUGCAGUGUCUCAAAUAAAACAUUGAACUGUU